CCCCUGCAGACAGAGGCCAUCAUUACCCACUAGACCUGUCCCUCUCUGUGUUUGCAGAAAUGCUUGAGAAGGUCAAUAUUACACUCAGCACAGAGAUGGAUACAGAUUACAAAGACACUGAGAAAGGCACAGAGAUAGAUGACUAUGAAGAGGAGGAGGACGAGGGAGGAGAAGACGAGGAUGAAGAGGACACAGGGGAGGGCCUCUUCGGGAACGGGACGUAUGUGGCCUCAAUCAUUGAUUCCUUCAAUCUGUUUGAGCCUCUGCCAGAUGGUGAGACAGUCCCUGAAUCUAACUCUCCAAAUACUACAACCACUGAGCCAACAAUUACCACAACUACUAGCACCCCUCCUCCUAUCACAACGUUUACUUCUACAACCACUACUAGAGCUACUACAACUACCCUGCCUCCCACAACUACAAAAGAACCAGAUCUCAAUAUCCCCCCUGUUCCGACGACAUGCCCACCCCCCUUCACACUCAUGGCCAAAGGAUGCUACAUGAUCGUUUCUGACACAAACCACUGGAGCUCAUGGGGAAGAGCACAUGCAUUUUGCCAACAGUACAAUGGAGGGCUCGCGCAGCCUUAUAGAUUUGGGGCACUACAGAAGUACCUGUCGCGCCACUACUCCGACACAUUCUGGGUGGGAGCACAUAGGCUGGAAAUGAAGUUUCUUUGGCUUAACAACAGGAAAGUUGGACGGAAGGUGUGGAAGCAAGGGCAACCCUCAAAGCACCCCAAGAAGAACUGUGUUUAUUUGGACAGAUGGUCAGGCUAUCAGGCAAGCAGUCAUUUCUGUGGUGAAAAAUACCCCUUUAUUUGUGAGGCCACAGAGGUGCAACUAUGAAGAAAGAAAAGUUGACCAUCUGCAAGUAAGAAUAAAAGUCAGUCAGUGCACUUCAAAGCUUCGAAAUUUAGACUUUUUUAUUAGCAAAUAAAAAAAUAAAGCCUAUAUCUUUAGGUUAAUUCACAAAGGGUCUUACAACAGGACCAUGCACAAUCUUUGAGGGACAGAUGGUGCUCACUGACUUGUUUCUUACUUCACUACCAUAAAUAUUUCAUAUUUUCUUCUGAUUUGCCUCAGAAUUCCCUACAGUAUUAAAGUGGUUUACCAGUAAUGAUAUUCAUAAUAUAUUAAGUCACAAUUUAUAAAUUAAGCUUACGUUUUCUUAAUCUCUUCAUUGUUAUUUUAUAUUUGGGUCAGUAAUAAAUUGGCUACUGUUCUUUUUUUUUUAU